AUGCGUGUGGGCAUCUGCACGGCGGUCGCCGUGGGCCUGGUUGUCUCCCUCUUGGCAAGGGGGCUGUGCCCCUUCUUCGGCCGCACGGCGCAGGAGCUCGCCAGGGCGGCCCUGCUCCGGCUCGACUACGACCGCCUCUUCGCGGGCCCCGCCGUGCCGCUGGGCGAGGGCCGCAACGCGCCGGGCGCCGCCACCAUGGAGAGGCUGCUCUUGGGCAAGCCUCGGGCGGAGCCGAAGCGGCUGCUCAGGGUGGUGACCUGGAGCCGGGGAUCGAACAAACAUGUGCGCCCGUGUUCGUUUUUUAUCUGCCGAUCGGCGCGGGCCCUCGCACCCCCCCCAAGGAGUAGGCUGCGUUUCAGGUUUUGGUUUCCUGCUGGCCCGGGUCUGGACUGA